AUGGGACCCAGCUGUCCGAUCUGCUCUAAGCCCGUCAAUGCAAGCAAAAUCAACGAGCACAUUGACUCAGGGUGCGAGGAUUUUGUUGAUUCCCCUCAGAGCAGCCAGAAUUUAGCUGGGGAUGGCGCGUCACAGUCUCAGACCAGCCCGUCGAGUUCCAUACCCAGUUUCUUCCAACCAGCGAGCUCCAGGAAGGCGGCUGCGGCGCAAAAGCUGACGGAACGGCCCAACGGCGCAGCUCAAACACAGCCAUCCAAGGUCGGCACGGGCAAAAGACUCUUUUCUCAGGAGCCUGGAACACCGACGCCUGGAGGUGGUACUCUGAGGGCCUCCGUUUCACCAGCACCCCUUCAUGAAAGUGGUAAUGAUCAUUUGGCCAAGAGAGUCAAAUCGUCAAAUGCAUUGCAAAAAUCAGCGCCGUUGGCAGAACGGAUGCGGCCAAGAACACUUGAUGAAAUGUGUGGACAGGAGCUAGUUGGUGAAAAUGGGGUGUUGCGUGGUCUUAUCGAGAGAGACAGGGUUCCUAGUAUGAUUCUUUGGGGCAGUGCAGGAACGGGGAAAACUACGCUUGCCAGAGUGAUUGCUUCCAUGGUGGGGAGCAGAUUCGUGGAGAUCAACAGUACGAGUUCUGGAGUGGCUGAGUGCAAGAAGCUAUUUGCAGAGGCAAAGAAUGAGCUGAGCCUGACGGGGAGGAAAACGAUCAUAUUCUGUGACGAGAUUCACCGGUUUUCAAAAUCUCAACAAGACGUGUUUCUUGGGCCCGUCGAAAGUGGGCAAGUAACAUUGAUUGGAGCUACGACUGAAAACCCAUCUUUCAAGGUCCAGAAUGCAUUGCUAUCGCGGUGUCGAACUUUUACUUUGGCAAAGCUUACGGAGGAGAAUAUCUGUGCCAUACUCAAUCGUGCAUUGAGAGUUGAGGGACCUAAUUACUCACCCUCUGCACUGGUUGACGAUGAGCUGAUUAGAUAUCUUGCUGCUUUUGCUGAUGGUGAUGCUCGGACUGCUUUGAACCUCUUGGAGUUAGCAAUGGACCUGUCACAGAGAGAAAACAUGACAAAAGACGAGCUCAAGAAGUCCCUUACACGGACACUGGUUUAUGACCGAGCAGGUGACCAGCACUACGAUACCAUAUCUGCCUUUCACAAAUCAAUCCGUGGAAGUGACCCUGAUGCAUCUCUCUACUAUCUAGCUAGGAUGAUCCAAUCAGGCGAAGACCCGCUGUAUAUAGCUCGCCGCCUGAUAGUGGUUGCAUCCGAGGAUGUUGGCUUAGCAGACAACACCAUGCUAUCAUUGGCUACAGCAGCUUAUACUGCCGUUGAGAAGAUAGGCCUUCCUGAAGCACGAAUUAACCUUGCUCAUGCCACCGUUGCCCUAGCUCUGGCUCCAAAAAGCACCAGGGCUUACAGGGGCCUAGCUAACGCAAUGGCGAGCUUGGAAGAACCAGGGAUAGCAGGUCUACCUAUCCCAAUCCAUCUACGAAAUGCUCCAACAAGACUGAUGAAGGAAAUCGGCUAUGGCAAAGAGUAUAAAUAUAACCCUGACUACGAAGAUGGAAAAGUAGUGCAGGACUAUCUUCCUGACAAGCUAAUUGGAAGGACUUUCCUGGAUGACCUUGAUCUUGGGACUAAGGUCGAUCCUGCCCUUGAUUCAUGA